AAUGGGGGCAUCAUUAACGCGAUAACCACGGCCCCCGCUGCUACAACCCAGUAGCGAUUGAAUGGGAAUUUUGACCGACAUACAGCCCCACCAAUCAGUAUAGUACGGGGGGCGUGGCCGGCGGGGUAGGUGAGGUGUAAUGAGACUCGGUGUAAUCAGUGUCAUGUCGGACCCGAACGCAGCGCAACAAAAUGGCGGCGGAUGCUUAAAGGUGUCUUCAAAAUCGGGUGACUGGAGGAGAAUGUGGUGUUUGCUGGCACUGCAGAAGGAUUUUACAUCUGCAGGUUAAGCAGCCAGAAAGACAUCAGAGGUCAAGUGUGUGCUGCCCAUUUAGACGCCGUCCAUGAAAAAUGAAAGUGUCAUUAAGGUGGUUAGAAGGGAAUACAUACACCUGCUUAACCUAGACAGACACAAUUCUUAUGUGAAGAUUUUGUUUUAUGACACGGAUUUAGUGUAUUCCAGCUGUUUCGUUUGAUGUGACUUCCUCUGAUGGAAUUCUGCUAUGAAGAUGGAUAUGUGUGAGCUGUUGCCGAAUGCAACCUAGGAUACGUUUGAUUAUUGGCUGGAUGUUUAUCGUGGCGCACGGAUGACCUCUAUGGGUAGCACCUGGCUUUUGGAUACAGUUUUUUAACCAUGGUAAAACUUGCAAACCCUCUGUACACGGAGUGGAUUUUGGAAGCCAUACAAAAGGUAAAAAGACAAAAACAGCGUCCGUCAGAGGAGCGGAUUUGUCAUGCAGUGUGCGUGUCUCAUGGUCUUGAUAAGAGACUUGUGUUUGAGCAACUUGAACUCAGUGUACAGGAUGGCUCAGUUCUCAAGGUCCUCAACAAAGGUGUGGCUUCAUAUAAAGACCCAGAGAACCCUGGACGCCUAACAACUACCAAGCCUGGUCCUCUACCUAAAUCAGUCAAGGGGCAGCGACCAGUCACUGCAGACCUGCGCAGUGUGGAUUGGAAUAAACUCCUUCGUAGGGCAGUAGAAGGACUGCAGGAGUCCAAUGGUUCAUCUCUUAAGAAUAUUGAGAAGUAUUUGCGUAGUCAGAAUGAUCUGGCAGGAAUUGUGGCAAACCCUAUUUUUCAGCGUAGGUUGCGCCUAGCAGCUAAAAGGGCUGUCAACAGCGGGAGACUGCUGAAAGAUGGCCCACAGUACAGGAUUAACUACGGAGGAUUGGAAGGCAAAGGUGCAUCCAGAUACUGCAUUUCUUCCACAUCCAUGUUGCCACCAGUCAGCCUUCUCCCUCAUGAACAGGACCAGCCUCGUGCAGAUCCGAUUCCCAUCUGCAGUUUUUGUCUCGGGACAAAGGAAUCCAACCGAGAAAAGAAACCGGAAGAGUUGAUCUCGUGCGCAGACUGUGGGAGCAGUGGCCAUCCAUCCUGUCUAAAGUUCUGCCCAGAGCUCACCUCCAAUGUAAAAGCAUUGAGGUGGCAGUGCAUCGAAUGCAAAACCUGCAGUGCCUGUAGGAUUCAGGGCAAAAAUGCAGAUAAUAUGCUUUUCUGCGACUCUUGUGAUCGGGGAUUCCACAUGGAGUGCUGUGACCCACCUCUUGCCCGCAUGCCGAAAGGCAUGUGGAUUUGUCAGGUCUGCAGGCCAAAGAAAAGGGGCCGUAAGAUCCUCCAGGAGAAAGCUGCACAGAUCAAAAGGCGAUAUGCGAAACCCAUUGGCCGACCGAAAAACAAAAUAAAACAACGCAUGUUGUGUAUGUCCAAUGAAGGAGGACCUCUGAAUUCUUUCCCAGGAAGGGGGCCAUCCGGUAGGAGUCAAAAAACUAAAAUGUGUCCCACCACACUGCCAUCUGGUCAUGCUGCAUCCGUGAAGGACCCCAUCAGCAGCCUGGCUGCGACCGACCUCACUCGGCCUGGCCCCCAUCCCAUCAAUUCCACCUUCACUUCCACUUGUUCCCCCCUCAAAGUUAACAAGAAAACCAAAGGGCUAAUUGAUGGCCUCACUAAGUUUUUCACUCCAUCACCUGAGGGGCGCAGAUUUCGCGGGCGAAUUGUAGACUUCUCUAUGCACCGCCGGCCCAGGAAAAAACGUACUGACCCAGAGGCUUGCACUCUUCAUAUGCUGGGAAUGGGUACCACGCACAAGCUAAGCUGCCCCCCUCAGCCUCCACAACCUGCUCCUUCUUCUCUCUCACAUAUCACCUCCCUGUCUGGCAACAGCCCAGGCUCACAGAAAUCCAGCAAUUCCACCACGUCCAACUCCCCCCAGAGUUCCUCAAGUCACUCCAGCGCCCCUUCCCUCAGAAGCCUCCCCAGUAACAGUCAACUGAAGGGGCUCUUUGAUGGACUGUCCCACAUCUAUGCCACCCAGGGCCAGCCACGCCAAAAAAGCCACCCAAGCUAUGCGCCUCCAAAACACAUUCGCCGCAAAGGCAGACUCUACACCUCAACACACUUUUUUGGCAAGAGGGACGCUAGGAGUAGGCUCCUCCUCCCCCACCCUACCCCAUCUGGCUGGGCAGUGCCCCGGGGUCGGGCUUUGAAAGCCAUUGCUCAGUUCAAGCGCUCAACGUUCCUUAUAAAGCACAGGACACUAGGCAGGUUAAAGUAUAAAGCGGGAGCCAUAGGGGCGGGAGCCAGGACACCAGAAAAGGUCAGCCUGGCAGACAGCAGGACUAAGCCCGUCCAGGAUGAUGAUGCCGACCUGAAGUUGCAUAUCAAGCAGGAGCGGUGGAAUGCGAUGUGUGUUCCAGACCGGCCAGAAUUUGUCACCAAGGAAGAUGUUGACAUUUUCCGACAGGCAAGGGAGCUAUCUUUUGAGAAAAUAGGCUGCAAGACUCUAGGUGACCACACUGGGCGUUAUCCCUCAGUCAUUGAGUUUGGAAAAUAUGAAAUACAGACAUGGUACUCUUCGCCUUACCCACAGGAAUAUGCAAGAUUACCAAAGCUUUACCUGUGUGAGUUCUGUCUGAAGUAUAUGAAAAGUAAGACUAUACUACUGCGCCAUUUAAAGAAGUGUGGCUGGUUCCAUCCUCCAGCCAAUGAAAUCUAUCGGAAGGAUGAUCUCUCAGUAUUUGAGGUGGAUGGAAACAUUAGCAAAAUCUAUUGCCAAAACUUGUGUUUGCUGGCCAAGCUCUUCCUGGAUCAUAAGACACUAUAUUAUGACGUGGAGCCAUUCCUUUUCUAUGUUCUCACCAAAAACGACAAGAAGGGCUGUCACUUAGUUGGAUACUUUUCUAAGGAGAAACUUUGCCAGCAGAAGUACAAUGUGUCUUGUAUUAUGAUAUUGCCUCAGUACCAAAGGCAGGGAUUUGGAAGGUUCCUUAUCGACUUCAGUUAUCUGCUUUCCCGAUGCGAGGGGCAGGCAGGCUCGCCUGAGAAACCUCUAUCAGACUUGGGCCGUUUGUCUUAUUUGGCAUACUGGAAGAGUGUCGUAAUAGACUAUCUGAGCACUCAUCAUGAGAAGCAGAUCAACGUGAAAGGUCUUAGUCGAGCCACAGGAAUGUGUCCUCAUGACAUUGCCACCACUUUACAGCAUCUCAACAUGAUAGACAGAAGAGGAGACAGUUUUCAUUACAGGUUUGUUAUUAUUCGACGUGAAAAAGUAAUGGCAAGUUAUAUGGGAAAGGUAAAAUCUCGAUCCCGGGUAAAUGAGGUUGAUCCAGACUGUCUGAGGUGGGCACCGGUGAUCGCCUUAAAUGCCGUUGUGUCUGAGGAAGAGAGAGAAGCAGAGAAGGAGGCGGAUCUUCUAAUGGAACAGGCAAGCUGUGGUGAGCGAGAAUACCAGCACUUUCACUCAUCCCGGACUCAAUCCAAGCCGUCCCCAUCAGAGGAAGAGGCUGCACUUCCUGCAGCCGCCUCCUUAUUACCCUCAGAUGAAGCGCAGCCUACAGAACAAAGCAAGGAGAGCAGUGAGGAGGAAGAAGAUGAAGGGCAAUGCCUGGAAGCAACACCCCCGAUACUAACCAAACCUCAGACGCUUAUGACAAAGAGAAAGAGAGCCUUCACUCUCAGGCGGAGACGUGGACGAAAAUGCCGGAGAAUAAACAGCAGCGUCACCACAGAGACCAUCUCUGAAACCACCGAAGUUCUCAAUGAGCCGUUUGAGGAUUCUGACAGAGAUAACCCUGAGCCUCCGCAAAAGGACUUGGACCAAAACACUGUUGUCAGAAGAUCCAGCCAACAGCAGCUCAGUCCUAACACUGAGGCAUCAGAUGCACGAAGUAGAAGGGAAGAAGAGUCAUGUGCAAAUCAUGUAGGCGAAGUAUCUCCAGAGAAAGUUGCUCAUGAAGCUCAAGAACAGACCCCAGAUCGACCUCCAAGAAAGCAGGGGUGGCCAAAAGGAUUGAAGAGGGGCCCUUCGAAGCGGAGGCGUAGCAUGGAUAGAAAGUCUGGCUUUAAACUCAACCUGUACACCCCUCCAGAAACACCCAUGGAGCCAGACUAUAUUGUUCAAACUGAGGAAACUAAGGAGGAACUUGAAGAGGAAAAUGAGCCACCGCAUGAAGAUGCUGUUCACACUAGUGAAGAAAUAGAGUCUUACGAAGAAGAAGCUGGAACCUCAUUACUAGAGCUGCCAAGCCCAGGUAGCGCCAAUGUGGAAAAAACUGAUGAGGAAGAAAGGAAAGAUGAUGAAGUAACAAUGGAAGAAGGUGAAAAAGGUGAAAUAGAGGAUAAUAAAGAAGAGGCAGCGGAAAGGGAGGAGAAUGACAGUAUCAAGGAGGAGGAAGAUGACUUGAAAGAAGAUAUAGAGAGGUCAGACAAAGUGGAAGAGGAAGUCAAAGAUUCGGGCACUGGGCAGACCAAUGAGCUAGCAGUUCUGGAAGAGGAAGAGGAGGAAGAUGAAGAGGAACAAUCUCAUAAUGAGGACCAUGAUGCAGACGACGAAGAUGAAAGCCACCUUGAUAGAUCAGAGAAGGAAGUAGCAGAACAAUCUUUCCAAGAGGCCUUAGGGGAACAGGACAGUUUUUUAGAUCUAGGUAUUGAAAAUAAUAACCCGUCUCAGUCUGAUGUUUCCAGCAGCAGUUGUGGGGAAGUAAUGGAAGCAGAGCAAGCUGAAGAGGCACCAAAAGAAAAUGAGCUACCAGCUGAAGCAGAGGAGCAAGCCAUUGUCCCAUGUGGAACACAUGCAGAGGAGUUUGUGUCAGAGCUACCUGGGGAUGCUGGGGACGGAUUAGAUAUCGACUCAGAAACUGCACAAGCUGUUCAGUCUCUGACACGUGAAAGUGAACAGCAAGAGGAGGUAUACAGAGACUGUUCGGAGACCCAGGAAGCAUGUCAUAGUCUGCAAAGUUAUGCCCAGAGCCCAACAGCAGGUGCAGUAGAAGACUGCCAGCAAUCUGACCACAGCAGCCCAGUGUCCUCUGUUCAUUCACACCCUGGUCACUCUGUUAGGUCAUCAAGCAGCCCCAGUGCACCGUCCCUGGAGAGCAAUUAUGCCCAGAUCAGCCCAGACCAGACUGCCAUGUCUGUCCCAUCAUUGCAGAACCUUGAAACUAGUCCCAUGAUGGAUGUACCAUCUGUGUCUGAUCACUCACAGCAAGUUGUGGAUAGUGGGUUUAGUGACUUAGGGAGUAUUGAGAGUACCACAGAAAACUAUGAUAAUCCAAGCAGUUAUGACUCUGGCAUGGGAGGGGGAUCACUGCCCUCUCAAAACAGUUGUUCAUAUAGCAGUGGAAUGACGUCUGCCAACUUGACACAGAGCAGUUGUGCUGUAACACAACAAAUGUCCGCUAUGAACAAUAGUUGCAGCAUGAUUGGGUCACCCCCUCCUCAGCCACCACCUUGCAAUGUCAAGUCACCGCAAGCUUGCGCAGUAGAGAGACCCCCAAGUAGUGGCCAACAGCAGCAACUUGCUCCUUGUGGCAUGGCAGGCACAGGAUUCACAUUGCCAGAUAUCCCUGAAACAUCAGGGGGAGGCCUGGGAGGGCUGUAUGAUAGGAUAGGACAAGGAGACUUUGGAUCUGGGCACUAUCCACAGCCUUCGGCCACCUUCAGCCUUGCCAAGCUCCAACAAUUGACGAACACCUUAAUGGAUCACUCCCUGCCUUACAGCCACACACAGGCCGUAACAUCCUAUGCAAAUGGUGCCUCUCUUUCUUCUUCUCUGAGCAACAUGGUGCAGCUCAGCCAGUCAUCACAUUCUGUCCCCUCUCAAUCCCAAAAUACAAUGACUCCUCCUCCAAAUCUCACACCUCCCCCUAUGAACCUACCACCACCUCUGCUUCAACGUAACAUGUCCAGUGGUCAGAUGGGACUCUCCCACAGCCAGAGGCUGCAGACACAGAUGGCAAGCAAAAAUCACAUGUCCAUGCGGACCAAAGUGUCUGGUUUGCCUCCAGGAGCUACAUCUGGGCCCCACCCAUCACAGCUAUAUGGUCAUGCCCCCCCUCCACAGACUGUGACCAUGCAACCUCCUUCUCGUUCCCUCACCAUGCAGCGUGGAAUGAAUAUGAGUGUCAAUCUGAUGCCAGCGCCUGCUUACAACGUAAACCCAGUAAACACACUUAAUGCCAUGAGUGGGUACCGUAUGUCUCAGUCCAUGAUGAACAGCGGUUACCACAGCAAUCAUGGAUAUAUGAACCAGAGCCCUCAGUACCCAAUGCAAAUGAGCAUGAUGGGUAGCCAGCCUUAUGCGCAGCAGUCAAUGCAGGCCAGCCCUCACAGCAACAUGAUGUACUCCAGCCCUGGGCAUCACGGCUACAUGAACACACCAAUGCCCAAACAGUCACUCAAUGGGUCAUACAUGAGGCGGUGAGCUGCCCCUGCAGAUACCAGCAUCCCUACCCUUCUUCCCUAACUCUGCAGCAGCUGCAACAUGGAAUCUGCACUAUGGAACUUGACGCAGACUGACAGCAGUCACUGAAGGACACAGACUCAACCACCUAAUCCUUAGUUUCCCUUGCUCCUUUACACCUAGCCUUGCAUUCCUGAUAAUAUAUGAAUCCCUUUUAUUUAUUUCUGAUGUGACUAUGUUCCACUAACACCAGGUUUCUUUAUUCUCGCAGAUAAAGUUUAAAGUGGACUGGCCACCAUCAGUUUAGAAAACAAAUGUUGAUCAAUAGCACAUACAUUACAUAAUAACCAUUUGUUUCUGUAAUGCUGACUUUUCUUAAUGUGACCAUUUUAUUGGUCUCCCUCCUCAUGUUUUCAUGCAGCCCCUCCUUGGUGGCGUUAAAUCCUUAUUUUAGGAUUCAGCUGAAUAUAUAAUCUUUGUCAAAAUAUUCUUCAUAGGUGAAUCAUACAAAUGCUAAGUUGCAUAUAAAAAUGAAGCAAAGUUAAUGGUAUUGACACUAUUUUAUUUGAAAUGUAGAUUCAUGGAAUAGUAUUCUGGGUUGUGUGUGCUAAGAUUGGGGAAUGAUUAGGAUUUGAUUAGCUAACAUCAGUAGAACCCAGCAAACUGAAAUGACGUAAAAUAAAUCUAUCCGAAUCUGGAUCUGCGUCAGAUUCAGCACAUGCCUACAUUGUAUGGAGAUGAGAGGGAAAGCAUUUGUUUCAUAAAGGGGACCCUCCCAAUGUAGCACUGGGAAGAAGUGUGUCAUUUUUGUUUCCAACUUUUUAUUACACAACUGCACAUAUUUUUUUUAGCAUUUUGAAAAUAUUAGUUUAGUUGGAGAUGAACGAAAGCUGAAGAGAAUUGCCACUUUCUUAGAUGAAAGCCAUUCUCUUCUCGGUUUAUCAAGCACUGAUAUUUAAAUACCCUUCUUAUCCACUUUGCUGCACUGUUUCCCUGCAGAGGAUGUUUCCUGUAUAGUAAUGAUGGUGUUUUACUCUGCUUUCUAUUUUCCUAUCUCACACUCCCAACUUCUGCCCAAGGGCACUAUAAGCAAAUUCAAAGCCAGCACUUAGUUAAUGCAAAGUAAUAUUUAUACCGAAGUUCCCUUUUUGCACCAUAUUAGCCGGGAAGUCAUAAUUACAGUAUUCUUCUUUCAUCUAACAACUUUUCCAUUUUGUUUGCCUUCCUUUCCCUUUCGACAGGAGUUUGCAGUUUACUCUUUCACUGCCAGUACUAUUACAUGUUCUGGCGCUGAGAUGGUUAAACCAAUAACAACUUAGUACACAUGGUCCAGUAGAUCUUAUUAUCAGCCCAGCACGGGGAUAAGGUUGGUUCUAUAUCGGAGUGGGAGAAGGGACCUUGUGACGUACCUAGGGGAGGAGACACGUCACCAGGGAGAGGAGCUACGGCCGAACAGGGUACCCGAAAAGUAGCCUCGCGGGCUCGUUUCGCUCGCCACGCUUCGGGCUCGCUCCGCUCGCCACCUACUUACUAAAGGUAAUAGUUGGUGGCGGGAAUAGUAGAGCAACUGUCCCGCUGGCCUAGCUCCUCCCCCUUGUGUCGUGGCUCCUCCCCCUGACGGAAAAGGUCCCUUAGGCCACUUGGAUCUAGCCUCAACCACGGGGAUAAUGACUCUCUUCCCAUCCAAACCUCCCUCUCCUGUCUUGAGUCUGUGUUUUGUUUUCAUUUGUUUGCUGGAAGUAAGCCUUACUAAGCAUGCUGCUUCUCUGUGUGGUGUGUGAGCUUUUCUACGUAGUAAUGUUAUAAGUCCUGUGCUAAACUGUAAAGCCAUUUGUUAUUAUUUUGUUUUCUGAUAUUGGUAAGCCUUGUUUGAAGGUGAAAGAAAAAAAUGAAAAUAAAUAUAUUUUUGUUAAUUAUGAAACUGUACAAGAUAUUAAAAUGUGUUAUUCCCAUUGCCCUUCUGGCCAGCCAGAGGGCUCUCAAUCGAGUGUAUAUUUUCACACCCUGGCUAUAAUUAUGACUUUUCUUUCAGUCUCUGUGGGACAUAAAAAUGUUUAACUUAAAAAGAAUAACUUAAAAACAAACAAACAAAACAUGUUACUGGAUACCGGAAAUGCAAUUUAUCUUCAGUAGUAUUUGCCAAGGAGUCGUAAAAUGGACGUAUCGUUAAACUCAAUUAAAAUUGGUGUUUAAUUGCUAUUUUAUGAACAUGCCUUUCAAGCCCUUUUGCAAUACAAAGGUUUCAUUCCAUCUGUAGAUUUUUUCUAUCUUUGUAACGUAUUGGAGUUAUUUUUUAUAAAAAGUGCAAAAAAAAAAAAAGAGAAAAAAAAAGCCAGAGCCGUAAUAUGGAUAUCUUUACCAGCCAACAUGUCAGGAUGCAUGUAAAAAAUCUAUAUAUAUAUAUAUAUAUUUGCCCAAGGAAAAAGAUGUCUGCAUAGUUUCUGUCUUGGUCUAUUUGCCCCUAUUUUGUGUUUUGUAGCGUGAUGGGCAGAAGAUUCAUAUCUAGUAACAAUUUAAUGUUUCUUUCCCUUUUUAUUGUGUCACUUCAGUAAAUCAAAGCAGACAAAAACAAAGCUGUACAUUUUAAAUGGAAAAUAAAUUAUGAGGAGCCAUAUGUAAAA